AUGACGACCCACGAUUGCCGGGGAAAAGAAAAGAACCAAGAUCCGAACUCCCAACCACUGCCAACAAUGGGAAGGAUGACUGCAUGUAUUCCGGCUCAGUCCCCCAGCCCUAAGUUUUUCUUCGUCAAUGAGAGUUCGUCGAGCAAGGGAAAGCGUUCACAUGUGAUGAAGCAAUACAUCCAAAGCCGGAGGAAAGAAAAAAAUGCUGCUCUAUUUGAUAGUACCUCCCUCCAGUUGCCCCGUCAGCAGCGAUAUCUCGCAUGGAGAAAAAAAUUGGAUGAAGAAGCUUCAGGAGAAAGGCUCAAUGGCGGUGAUUACGCAAAACCGCAAACAACUUCAUUAUCUAAAAAAACUGAAGCUGGGCAAAUCCAUGCGGGCGGGUUUACUUCUGGAGAAUGCCCAAGAUUAGAGAACGCAGCUAGAUCGUUAUCUUCCCAAAGAACGAUUUCUUCCAGCAGAGUGGAUCCUUUUGAUGCUUUGCCCUGGUCGUUCAAUGACGAAGAUCGGCAUUUGAUGGAUUGCUGGAUGUCGAAGUUAACCUCCUGGUCAGGGCAAAACCAUUUCAUGAAGAAAUCUUUGUUUAGAGAAGCGAUGCAGCAUCCAAUGACGUUUCAUGCCUGCAUAUUGACAUAUUCAGCUCGUUAUCUAGCUACCGUGCGUCGAAUUAAAAACAACACUCAGUGUUCAUCAUAUAUCUCUACUACCGAAAACCUGCUCACGACAUACCUCAGGAAAGGUCAGUGCCUGGGAGAUAGUGUUUCUACAAUGGUAUUCACAGCACUAUCUAUACAGGAAGCUAGGUACGGGAGCAGGCAGAAAUCGAGUCAUUAUUUGGACCAAGCAGUUCAGAAUUUGAGGAGUCUUGAAGGGAAACGACUUGCGGGGGAUACUUACACCCAUUACGCGCGGUUAACGAUGUUCAAGCGCGACCUUCCAUUUGACAUAAAGCACGCUUCGCAUUUGCUUUCGUUUCUUCGCAACGCGGAGACUUUGGCCUUCAGCCAUAGCACACCCCCAUUUACAUCCACCGCACCUCAAAGAAAAGCUGCAUUCGAAUAUAUGACCCCACUCCAUUCAAUCCUAUCCGGAGGUCCUCACCCCUCUCAAGUGCCCGAAAUAGAACGAGUAUGGGUGUUGAGGUACGAACUUUCCGAUCUGUGCCGUGUAUCCUCAUUAGUUUACCUCAACAAGGCGCUAUGGGACCAACGAAACUCGCCAGAAGGGUGUAUACGGUACCUUGACAACCUCACGGCAAACAUAUACGAGCAUCUCGAACCAAAUUUUCCUGUUGAGUCAUUCUCGUGGCUACUGUUGCAGGAUAUUUGUGACCUCGACCUGAGAAAUCCGGACCGGGCUUGGUUUGUGGGCGAUAUAAUGGAGGGCUUCAAGCAAAUCCCUCAGCCGCUCCAAUUCCAAUUCACUGAGCUAUUACUCUCUUUCCUCAUGUUAAAAUCCGCGGAUUUUAACAUCACACUCGAGGGAUUCGAGCGCCAAAUUCUUCAGUUUGCUCAACCCGAAGGCCGAAUGCCAGCAAUGGAAUGACAUGCCGACGACCUCCGAUGAUUAAACCCACAGAAAUUUCCUUAGUCACCGACAAACGGUAUCGAAACUUCGGCUCACAUCUAUUGAAACAAUUGAGCUUCGGUCAAUGCCUCUUAUAACAAAGAAGGCCUCCAGGCUAUGUAUGCGGGCCUCAACUUUCCAAAUAACCAGCACGACAUGCAACGGGACAUGGGCGGCAUCCCUUCAUACCAGGGCUUGCCAUUCCAACUGUGUGCCGUGGAGGAACACGCAACUUUGAUAUCCAGAUAUCCCCUUGACCUAACUUGUUCAUUAGACUCCAAAGUCUCUCUUCUACUUCAGAUAUCUUCAAACUGCCGAUUUUUUUCUUCUGAAACCCUUUAUCCCCUUCUCCGCUAUACCUAGAUAUUUCAUUCACAUGUGUCUCGCUACUCAAGCCAAAGCAGAUCUGGCAUCGGAUAGGUUUGGAUUAGUAUUAAUAUUGACUCUCGUGCAAUGAAUCCAACACUGCAACCAAAUC